CAGGCUCACUGGCACAAGAAGAGGUUGUCUCUUUACCUUUCCUCCACAUGUCCCAUGAUCUCCUUAAUUUCACCUUAAACACGGUUUCUUCUUGCAAGAGGAGGAGGAUGGAGUUGAUAAAUAACAAGGACUCUUGGAAUGGGUAAUUAGACAAUGCUGAAGGAAGAGUGCUACAAAGUAGCUCACAGUCUUCCUCUGAGCUUUUGAAGUGUGGAAAUGACUGAAUGGAACUUCUGUGCUAUGUUACUACAGCAUUGCUAUGAGGAGAUAUAGUUCACAGAAAAAGACGUUGAAUUUUCUUCACCCAACAGAUAACAGCCCCCAGGAACCUACAGUGUGCUCAUUCUCAUGGGUCAAAAGGCUUGGAUAGAGAAAACCUUUUCAAAAAGAGAAUGCAUCUAUGUAAUUGCCAACAGCAAAGACAUUAGCAGGUGCUGCUGUGGACAGCUCAUUAACCAGCAUAUUCCACCUCCUCCAAGUAUAACAGCUAAUAAAAAUGGGGAAGAAACAAAGCAAGUGGAGGCUCAACCAGAGAAAUGGUCUGUCAGCAAACACACCCAUACAUACCCAACUGAUGCCUAUGGAAACCUUGAAUUCCAGGGAGGAGGACAUUCAAAUAAGGCAAUGUAUAUCCGUGUGUCAUAUGACACCAAACCAGAUUCUCUGCUGCAUCUCAUGGUGAAAGACUGGCAACUAGAAUUGCCCAAACUCUUAAUCUCUGUCCAUGGGGGCCUCCAGAACUUUGAAAUGCAACCGAAACUGAAGCAAGUGUUCGGAAAAGGUCUGAUAAAGGCUGCCAUGACCACCGGAGCCUGGAUUUUCACUGGAGGUGUUAGUACAGGUGUCAUUCGUCAUGUGGGAGAUGCCUUGAAAGAUCAUUCUUCAAAAUCCAGAGGACGAAUCUGUGCCAUAGGAAUUGCACCAUGGGGCAUUGUAGAAAACAAGGAAGAUCUGAUAGGAAAAGAUGUAACACGUGUUUACCAAACAAUGUCAAACCCUCUAAGUAAGCUCUCUGUGCUCAACAGUUCCCAUACACAUUUCAUUCUGGCAGACAAUGGUACACUAGGUAAAUAUGGAGCUGAAGUAAAGCUACGACGUCAGCUGGAAAAACACAUUUCCCUCCAGAAAAUUAAUACACGGCUGGGACAAGGUGUUCCUGUAGUUGGACUUAUCGUGGAAGGUGGUCCUAAUGUUAUCUCCAUUGUCCUGGAGUGUCUACGAGAAGAACCUCCUCUUCCUGUUGUGAUAUGUGAUGGUAGUGGACGAGCAUCUGAUAUUCUGUCAUUUGCACACAAGUAUUCAGAAGAAGGAGGGGUAAUAAGUGAAUCCCUCAGGGACCAGCUACUAGUUACAAUCCAGAAAACCUUCAACUACAGCAGGAAUCAAGCUCAUCAGCUGUUCAUCAUUCUUAUGGAAUGCAUGAAAAAAAAGGAACUUAUCACUGUGUUCCGUAUGGGGUCUGAAGGGCAACAGGACAUUGAGAUGUCUAUCUUAACUGCUCUCCUCAAAGGUACGAAUGCAUCUGCUCCAGACCAGCUUAGCUUGGCUUUGGCCUGGAAUCGUGUUGACAUUGCACGCAGCCAAAUCUUCGUCUUCGGACACCACUGGCCACCUUUAGGAAGCCUUACAGCUACUGAGGGUACAGCCCCUGAGAAGGAAAAGAAAUCUCCAGCAGCUCAGACUAAAGCAGCCAGGGGGAAAGGAAAAGGGAAGAAAAAAGGAGGAAAAGCAAAAGAAGAGCCAGAAGAAGAAACAGAUCCAAGAAAGCUUGAACUCCUGAACUGGGUAAAUUCUCUGGAGCAGGCUAUGCUGGAUGCACUGGUUCUGGAUCGAGUGGACUUCGUGAAACUACUCAUUGAGAAUGGAGUUAACAUGCAACACUUCCUCACUAUUCCUCGACUGGAAGAACUUUAUAAUACUAGACUGGGCCCUCCAAAUACGCUGCAUUUGCUAGUUAGAGAUGUGAAAAAGGGAAAUCUUCCACCAGAUUAUCAUAUCAGCCUAAUAGAUAUUGGUCUUGUACUUGAAUAUCUCAUGGGUGGAGCUUAUCGCUGCAACUAUACUCGAAAAAGUUUUCGGACUCUUUAUAAUAAUUUAUUUGGACCAAAAAGGCCGAAAGCUCUUAAACUACUAGGGAUGGAGGAUGAUGAGCCUCCCACAAAAGGAAAGAAGAAGAAGAAGAAAAAGGAGGAAGAGAUCGAUAUUGAUGUGGAUGACCCAGAAGUCAGCCGCUUUCAGUAUCCAUUUCAUGAACUUAUGAUAUGGGCCGUGCUGAUGAAACGGCAAAAGAUGGCACUCUUCCUUUGGCAACGAGGAGAGGAAACCAUGGCCAAGGCACUUGUUGCCUGUAAGCUUUACAAAUCUAUGGCUCAUGAGUCUUCUGAGAGUGAACUAGUGGAUGACAUCUCUCAGGAUCUGGACAACAACUCAAAAGAUUUUGGCCAGCUGGCAGUUGAGCUCUUGGAUCAGUCCUACAAACAUGAUGAGCAGAUUGCCAUGAAACUACUGACCUAUGAACUGAAAAACUGGAGUAAUUCUACCUGCCUGAAACUGGCUGUGGCAGCUAAACACAGGGACUUCAUUGCUCACACAUGCAGUCAGAUGCUUUUAACAGAUAUGUGGAUGGGGCGACUACGUAUGCGGAAAAACCCAGGACUUAAGGUUAUAAUGGGGAUUCUCUUCCCUCCUACCAUCCUUUUCCUAGAGUUUCGCAGUUACGAUGAUUAUUCUUACCAGACAUCAAGAGAAAAUGAAGAAGGCAAAGAAAAAGAGGACGAAAAUGUGGAUGCAAAUGUGGAUACAGGCUCCCGAAAAGGAGAUGAAGAGAAUGGAAAUAAAAAACAAAACAGCCUUCCAAUUGGAACAAAGAUCUAUGAGUUCUAUAAUGCACCUAUUGUCAAAUUUUGGUUCUACACAAUAUCAUACCUGGGUUACUUGAUGCUAUUUAAUUAUAUCAUCUUGGUGCGGAUGGAACGGUGGCCGUCAGUCCAGGAAUGGAUUGUCAUCUCUUACAUUGUGACACUGGCUUUAGAGAAAGUAAGAGAGAUUCUGAUGUCAGAGCCAGGAAAGCUGAGCCAAAAAGUGAAAGUUUGGCUCCAGGAAUACUGGAAUAUUACUGACCUGGUGGCUAUUUCAGUAUUUAUGAUAGGAGCAGUUCUUCGUCUACAGAACCAGCCUUACAUGGGUUAUGGAAGAGUGAUUUACUGUGUCGAUAUAAUUUUCUGGUACAUUAGAGUACUAGAUAUCUUUGGUGUGAACAAGUAUCUGGGACCUUACGUCAUGAUGAUUGGAAAGAUGAUGAUUGACAUGCUCUACUUCGUGGUGAUCAUGCUUGUUGUUCUAAUGAGUUUUGGAGUAGCCCGUCAAGCUAUCCUGCAUCCAGAUGAAGAGCCUUCUUGGAGACUAGCUCGCAACAUCUUCUAUAUGCCCUACUGGAUGAUCUAUGGAGAGGUGUUCGCAGACCAGAUAGACCCUCCUUGUGGAGACAAUCUUUACGAUGAGGAUGGUAAACGCCUCCCUCCAUGCAUACCAGGGGCCUGGCUCACUCCAGCUAUUAUGGCCUGUUACCUCUUGGUGGCAAAUAUCCUCCUGGUAAACCUGCUGAUUGCUGUCUUCAACAAUACCUUCUUUGAGGUAAAAUCAAUAUCCAACCAAGUCUGGAAGUUCCAGCGGUACCAGCUGAUUAUGACAUUCCAUGACAGACCUGUCCUCCCACCGCCGAUGAUUAUCUUCAGCCACCUCUACGUAAUCAUCAAGAGAGUCUGCUGUCGCUGCAAGAAGCGUGAAGGAGACCAGGAUGAGCGUGACAGAGGACUGAAGUUAUUUCUGAAUGAUGAAGAGCUAAAAAAACUGUAUGAGUUUGAAGAGCAGUGCGUAGAAGAAUACUUCCAGGAAAAAGAGGAUGAGCAGCAGUCAUCUAAUGAUGAACGCAUCAGAGUUACCUCUGAAAGAGUUGAAAAUAUGUCUAUGAGGCUAGAAGAAGUGAAUGAAAGAGAACAUUUUAUGAAAGCCUCUCUCCAAACAGUUGACCUUCGACUCUCUCAAUUGGAAGAACUCUCUGGUCGGAUGGUGAAUGCUCUUGAAAAGCUGGCAGGUAUUGACAAGUCUGAGCUGACAUAUACGCGUUCACGGGCUUCAUCUGAGUGUGAUGCUGCGUAUCUCCUGAGGCAAAGCAGUGUCAACAGCUCUGAUGGCUGCAGCAUGUAUAGAUACCACAUUGGUGGUGAUGAGUUAACAUAUGAUGACAGCACCACUCCUAUGUCACCAGCCAUAGGAUUGUGUAAAAAAGCCCAUUCUAUUGGUACAAAAGAAGAUGGAGCAGACCCAAGGAUGCUGGUUCGAGAGAACCAGACCAGUCUCCAUUGUACCUCUAAUGCUAAUGCAGUCAACCCAUCAGAUUACAGUAGAUCUACAUUAGAAAUUGAACAAAAUGUUUCCAGACCCCAUUCUGGUUCGGGUAUUUUGGGGGAUGAAAACCAAGGGAUUUUCAAGAAUGAUGAAACGGUUCCGCGAAGUAUAAACCAGAUGGAUGUUGUUAUCAGCAGACAGUCAGUACCCAAACCAGAUUUUCAGAACACUCAGUUAAAAGUAGAACGGACUAAGUUAGAAGCAACAAUCUCUUAUCCCUUGGACAAAUCAAAAGCAAUGCGCUAUUUUCCUCCUGAAACAUUCAGUGCUUGUCAAACCACUAUGAUGAAGUCGAGGAGCUUUAUAUUUGCAAAAGGCAGAAAGUUGGUUGGAGGAGUUAACAACUGGACCACUGAGUAUAGUACCAUCAUGGAUCAGGUAUGCCCUUCUACAAUUGAGCAGUGGGCCACAGAGUGGAAAUACGAAGUUGAGCAGCAACUUUCUCAAGAACAUCCUCCAGAGUACCCUGGUUUUGUCUCUGAAGCAGAAAGGCACGCAGAGCAGAAACAGUUACAGAUGGACACAGAUGAUGACAGCGAUGUUGGUGAAGCAGGUAUUAGUGCCUCUUACACGUCUGCACCUGCCACUGUCAAGGCUCAGAAGGAGAACUUACUAUCAGUAAAGCCAGACAGGACUUCUGGGUUCCCAUCAGUACGGUCCAAGAGUUUGCACAGCCAUUCUCGGAAAGCCAAGUCUGUAAAGGACAAAUUAAACAGACCAGGACACGCCAGUAGUGUAACUAACUUAGUGGUCGCAUUUGGCAGUGCAACGGAAGAACAGAAAGCUAGGCAAGAAAAUGCAUCCACAGAAACUGAGUGUUGAAAUGGUUUAUGGCCCCUGUUUUAUCAACAGUCAAAAAAGGAGCAUGGCUAAUUGAACAAAUUAUGGAUUUUUUAAUGAAUUUCUACAGAAGAAUUUUGCAUAUGUUUGUUUCUUUUCAUUUUAGACUUGCUAGAUACAUGUUCUGUUCUUAAAUAAGUGCAGUGGGUCAGGUGAAGGGGAAAUACAUACUCUCUCAGGGGCAGAUGUAAAAGUAGGCACAGUCCACAGAUGCUGAGAGCUUAGAUCUUCCUUUGUUCUAUUUCCACUUCCCUCGUAAGCUUAUUUACUGAUAGACUUUUUAUAAAAGCUCUUGAAAGGACAAUACAAUCAUGAAAUAAUUUAGAAAAUAUUUUUUCUUCUUUAUCAGAAGACUUCUUAAAUUGCACAAAUUUUUAACCAGCCUUAGUUUUUAUCCUGAUUUAUGCAGCUGGUUUCUUUCUGGCCAUUAUGUUUUCCAGAUCAAAACAAAAUUGUUGACUGCAUGGAAAUAUUGUGCAGUUCCCUUUCACUUCUGAUUUCUUGCAUGCUUCUUAGCAACUCUUUCAGAAAGGCAGAACAUAGCAGUUUCUAUCCAAUAAAAUAGAGCUGAAUGGAAAAAUACAGUUGUGUUUUGAAAAACCUGACCUGGAAAGCUAUGUGUAAACAUAUUCUUGACCCAUCUUUGAACUUCAGUUACCAUGGUCUGCUUUCAGGAUCAUAUCUGUCCCUGCCCCAAAGCAUGCUGGCAGCCUUAAACUGUUGAAAAACAGUGAUUAUUGUUUCAAAAUGUUUUGGGAGAUUAUAAGUAUAUAAAGUGUAGGGAGAUUUUAAUAAUGUGAAUCCAAGAUCUGCAUUAGUGUUUUGUAUAAGAAGGGAUUACAGUGGAAUCCCAUGUAGAGAAAAAAAAUGGCGUUGUUAAAAUGCCUGCACUGGAGAAAAAAACAGAAAAGGUAGUCUGAUUAGGUGAGAUCAGAAUGUAGCCAAUCUGUGUUGGAAGCAAAUCUACUGUGACAAAUUAGUAUUUCAUUUUGCAAAUUCAAUAUGACAGUGCACAAGGAGCAAGAGUUCCUAGGAGUCAGUCUAAAAAAAAAAUAAAUUCUACAGAUGAGAAGAGAAUUUCUAUAUAUUUUCUUGAGUCAAUUUCAAAAAGAAAGUUCAAAGAAAAUAACUCUCUCUACAGAGCAUUUUCUAUCCCUCAACAACUAAGAGUGGAAAUCCACAUCUGUAGUUACAGUUUCCUAGCACACUUGUCUCAACAGUAGGUUGAAAAACCUACAUACUAGGUUUUGAUGGUUUUCUUCAUAAUAGUAUGAUUUUUUAUUUGCCUCAUUCUUCUCUGUUACCUUUUAGGAAUUUCAUUUUCCCAAAUACUCAGCACCUCUUUCUGCAGGAGAGGCUUGCCAAUGAACAGACAGGACAGAAAAUGAGUUAAAGCUAUGUUACUUGUUCACAGAAUACUAGUCCAAAGUUUAUGCUUAAUUCAUUAACAGUUAGUACUUACUCAUACACUAUUUUGAAAAAAAAGAAUUUCUUUUUGUCCCCCACCAUCAGCUCCUCGGUAUGUAUGUCUCUGUCUGUUCUUUGGUAAUGCUUUUCUGUUUUGAAACACAGAGAUUGAUGGAAGACUUUAGAAUGCAUUGAUGGCAUCAUUUUUUUAAUAUUUGUAUUAUAUUUUCAUACUCUACAAUUACACUGUGAAGUAUUGUUACCAUACUGCAUGAUCAUGGUAACUGCAUAGAUACUUCUGAAGGUUCAGUCAUCAUUUACUAUAGCUUUUUGCCAGCUUGGUCUUAUGAGCAUGUUUACUGGUUUCACUGUUGCAGAACAGUGUUGACAUUUUGCUUUUCAUGAGGGCUUCUUUUUUAUUCAACUUUAGGGAACAUGACGUUCUGUAAAAACAGAAUGACAUUUGUUUCACUUCCGUGUUUACUUCUGUGUUACCUUUCUAUGCAACUACACAGCCAUUUUGUAUGCGUGGUUCAAAUAUCCUGCAAUUUGCCAAUGCCUUUUACUGUUUGCUUGCACACUCGCCAGGAACUGAUUCAUCAUCAAACAAAGGGAUGCAGCUUUUCAGCACUUUGCUAAACAAGCAGUAUGCAUUGUGGAACACAGUACAGUGUGUUGCAUGUCUCUUGUUACAUUGUGUUUAUAAAAUUUGAGUUAAAUCACGCUUUGUUUGACCAGUCUUUU